AUGGCCGGAGUAUACGGAAUAAUCAGAGGCAAAACCUACUGCACUGUGAGCAAUAGUCAUCUGGGAGCCACCCAACAUGAAACGACCCCUAGUUCUAUCACAUUAUGUCCAUCUGCAUUUACAAAUGACAAAGCCGGUGAAACGCUUAGAGACAAGGAACCCGCGAAGGGCCUUUCUAUCACAGAUAUUCUCCCACAGAGCGGUACGUUCUAUCAUAAGCUGUUCCAUCUCACGAUUGGAAACGAACAGACUCCAGAUAUUACUAGUACUUAUUCAUAG